ACCAAUUCACCCCAUCAAGGUGGAUCCAUUCAAAACGUCGUUCCCCCCCCCAGGCCCGGUACAUUUUGGUAUCCACUGCUCGUGCCAGGCCCGCUCGCUCCAGGUCGUCCCGUCCUCCAGAAGGACCACAGUGGAGUUCAGUUCCGUUUCCUGAUUGCCGCGUUGCGCUGCCCUGCGCAUGAUCCUGUCGUCGACGACAAGCACGAGCCGGUCAGCAUGGAUCGAUUGAACUGAAUGAACACCACACAACCUCGCCUGCCUGCGAUUCAUAUUCAUCUUUAACGAAUAGGUAUUACCCUGCCAUUAGUCACGAGACCUGUGUCGCCGUUUCUCGACCUUUCGACUGUACCAAGGACGAAACGACCAAGCCAACUUUUGGGCGCCAUACUUAGCAUGUGGGAUUAGGUCAACUGCGAUAAUCAAACGCUUCACGCUUCAUGCUCCAUGCUUGAAAAGCGCGACAGUCCACGAAAGCAUCCGUCAGAUAAUCAACCUCCAAGACAGGCAACAGGCCGACAGGUGCCAAGGAAUCCGCAGCUAUGGCGCACCCUUCGACGCCCGCAGGACACUCUCCCUCCAUCUUUGGAGGACCAACCCCAGUCAUGUCCGGCGCUGGACAACCUUCGAUCCCCUCCUCGUCCAUGACGACUUCAACUCUCACACCAGCCUCGGCUGCCUCUUCUACCAAUACCUACAUUAUGCCAAACUCUCCCUUCAAAAACCGUGGUGAUGGGUACCGUCCCAAAGUAACACGGACUCUCGGACAGCGUCCUGCCUGUCUUGUCAACGCAUCCGUCACCUACUGCGGCAACAACCAAAUCUACGCUUUCGGCGGUUUCGAUCAAUACACAGACGAGGUCUACAAUCAUGUGCUAAGACUGGACCUGGUCAGUCAUCAAUGGAGCCUGGUUGACAACUAUGGCGACAUUCCCGGUGUUCGAAUGGGCCAUACUGCGACCCUGUAUAAGGGAGACAAACUCUUGGUGUUUGGUGGCGAAAACGAACACAGAACCUAUUUAUCCGACCUCAUAAUCUUCGAUCUCAAAACCGCACACUGGACCCAGCCACAAGUGACAGGACCAAUUCCCAAAGGUCGCGCGCGACAUGCGGCCGUUCUACACCAAGACAAGCUUUUUAUCAUUGGCGGGAUUACGGGUCACGACAACUACGUUCUCGACGACAUCUGCUACUUGGACUUGAAGACGUUCACUUGGUCAAGAUCCUGGCGUUUUGUGGGCCGGUUCGAUCAUUCAGCAUAUAUAUGGGGUGAAAGGGUAUGGGUAUUCGGGGGUCUCAGCGAGGAGAUGGACAAGGUUAGCGACAUCUGGUGGCUAGAUCUCAAGGGAAGUCCGGCAUUCGAUUCACCCCCACAGAUUGGCUCGAUGGACCGCUCCGGUAUGGCUCGAAGCGCCAUUUCGCCAAGGCCCUCCUACCCUGCAGCACAAUCCCCGAUUGUUGGGUCGUCUGGGUAUGCCGCAAACUCGAGGACUGCGCAAGUCAACCCUCCGUCGUUCCAUCUCAAGACCUACGCUCCUCCUGCACCCGGUGCUGUUUCGGCUCUCAAGUUUGUCAACGGUCCGAACGUGCCAUCGCAGGGACAGGGUAUUCAUUUCCAUGUCUACUCGUCAGGUACCCUUCUGGACUUUGUUACACCAGCGGCGACAAUCUCGUCCAAGGAAUGCUCAUUGUCUGCUCUCGAUCUGGGGUCUCUCCGAUGGCAGAAGUUGGCCGACGGCCGGGAGAUAUUCAAGCCUGGAUAUCGCUGGCACUAUUGCACCAUGAACGAAGACGGCACCAAGGCCUGGCUACUUGGGUGUCCCACGGAGCCGAAUGUACUGGAUCAUGGAGGUACUGGCCUCGAGGAGUACUUGUCCGAUAUCAUGGAAAUUGAUCUGCGCCGGUACGGGUUCUUGGGAAACAAUUUUGCCCCUGAACCACGCGCGGACUUCACACGGCCAUCUUCUCGAGCGCGUCAUAUCGAACAGCCGUCCAAAGGGCUAGGAUGUGAUCUCGCCAAACUCUUCGACCAGCCUCCCGAGACCGGAAGUGGCACGGAUUUCAUCGUCACAGCUCUUUCUCGCGAAUACGAUGAGGACGAGAUCAUAGGCUCUGCGCUCGUUCACACUUCCGACUCGAUGGACGGUGAUCAGACCUGGCUGUCGCCGGAUGCGCCCACGUCUCCGCCAAUUCACGUUCAUCGACUGAUUCUUCAGGCGCGCUGGCCACACUUUGCACGCCUAUGGUCGAGCCAAAUGGCCGAAUUUCACACGAAGAAGAUGCAUAUCCCUGAGCCCUACAGUGUUGUCAAGGCAUUCUUAUACUAUCUAUAUACGGACCGUAUCGACCCGGGAUCUGAAGAGGACGAGAGCAUCACGGCCGACCUGUCAGACGUGGCCGGCCUUCUUGUCAUGUCCAAUAUCUAUAACAUUCCACAUCUUCGCCUCCUUUGCGUAAAUAGAUUGGCGAAGGAGCUUGACGUGGAUCACGCAUGUAUCAUCUGGUACUGCGCCGGCAUGGCGAAUGAAGAGUGGCUGCGGAAACGGGCUGCCACCUUCUGUAUGACGCACUGGGGCAGGGUUGUACGCACGCUCGGUUUCCAGAGGCUUCCUCGGGCGGCUCUGGUGGAGCUCUCGCAGGAAGUUGAUAUGGAAGGCCGUGUGGUUGGCGGUGACGAGCUUGAUUUGAUGGUGGGGAUCGAUGGUCGUUACCACGACGGAGGGUCUGGCUCGUCACGGCGUAAAGGGAGCAUUAGUAGCAACCAUACGCAAGUGCUUGAAAGCGAGCUUGAUGAAGACGAGGGCAUGGAGAUGUCAUGAACAGCUAGGUUCCGCUUUCUGUCACGGCAGAGGAUGUCUUUUCACCUCGUCGUUAUUCUCCUCGUCAUUAGAUUUGUUCCAUACACAAGCACGGACUGGAAAGAGUGGCUAGUUGGACAAAAGGGCGGGCCUUUAGCACGACGGGAAUCGGCACUGAAGGGGUCGCAGGCCCGCUAGAUGUGUUAGGUCCCUAGUCAGGACUUUGGGUUGAGGUAUGACCGAUGUGAUGGAUAGGAUAGGUUGGGCAGACUUGGCUUUUCGUGCGAUGAGCUUCUCGGCCAUCCUUUAGUAAGGAGGCAUUCAGGAAACCCAAUGGGAUCGGGGAAAGAUGCUUACUAUUCCACAGAGGCAUUGCAAAGGCGUUGGCGUAAUUGAUGGGUAUUCAUUGUUAGCGUGCAUGUAAGACUGGUCGUUUCUCCUUUCUGUCCUACGGCUAGUAGUGUCCAUAUUGGCAAUCCGAACUAUUAUUCGGACAUUCAUACGCACUGAUCUGAAUUUGAGGUUGGCUUGUUGAUUAGGUCUUGAAAGAGAACAGCAUCGAGCAAUUACAAAACAACCGACCUUGGUUGCAACCUGCCAGAAUCAUCGAUAUACCGCACCCCCUGAACUUGGAAGUUGGCGAGCUUAAUACGUUGACGUGCAAGCAUUUCUCAAUCCACCAUGUUAAGGAACAAUUAUACUGCGUACAUCCACGUUUUCC